ACCGAAAUCUGAAUUUUCCUGAAAAUCGUUAUCACUUAUGUCGCGAAAUUUUCGUUUGCUAUUUUGCUUCUUUCAAUUUUAUUGUUUCUUGAAAGAAGCAUUAACCCAGAAUAGCGUGACAAAAGAUGAUCUCGGUGAACUUUACAAAGCCUUUGUGCAAGAUUUGGUAUACAUCGAUCGUGAGUACAAGAAGCUUGAUUCAGAUGCUGUUCUUGGGUUGCGCGUAGCCGAAGGUAAGCAUAGCGUAGGUUUAGGAUGUUGUUUUAUCGAACUAUUAACGGGAUGAACCUUGUUAAGCCAUUAUUUGAUCUAGGCAAGAAAGAAGAAAAGUCGUUUAACUUGGUUGGUUUGAACCACACUGCAGACUUGUUUUCGAAAUAUUUUGCUGGCUGCUGGUCGCUGCUGACAGCAGGGGUAUACAUGCACACACUUAUACAUUUGUAAAUUAAAAAGUGGUAAAUAAAACACUUGUAAAAGUUAAAUAUUAAAUUGACCUCAGUUCUCGUCUGUGGGUAGACUUAUGUACCAGUCAAUUCCAAACUUUUCAAUAGCUUUCAAUCGCAAGCCACUACAGGCAACGCCACGUAAACAAAAUAGCCUGGGGGGGUACUGCCGAUAUAUGGGCUAUAUAGGUAUUAGCCGCUGUGAAGGGUAUGGUUUUCAAGCAGUUUACUCCAGGCGUUUGGGUCUAGAAUAGGGUAUCAUUUUUCAGGAAACUGAUCAGUUGAUUGAAGAUUUUAUCUGAGGUUUUGUUUCAGUUGAUUGAAGAUUUUAUCUAGACUAGGAUAGGGGGAUUGUGGUAUGAACUCUGGUAUAGUUUUUUUAAGGGUUCCAGGGUCCCAGCAGCAUCCCCAGACUGUGCUAGUGAAAAACUGACCUCAAGAUAGCAGUCAUUCAGAUCCAUGAAAAAGUGUUUAGGACAAAUGUCCUAAAGAGCUGAAUUUUCUUAGGACAUUUUUAGUUUUUGUCAGACAUUAUUUUGUUUUCUUAUGACAGAAUGAAUGAAAAUUAGAUCCUUACAAGAUACUUUUAGUUUAAAAAUACUUAAAAACAAAUAUACUUUUACAUGUAAAAGGUCUAGGAGACCUAUUUCUUCUAUUAAUAGCAUUUCCAUGACCAUUAAAUUAAACAGUUUGAAGUUUGGUUUUCAGAAUGGAUUUGAAAAAUUAUUUUUUGUUUUCCUCUUUCCUUACCUAUUAAACACAGCAUUUUAAAAGAAAUAUGUUUGAUAUGUUUGCAACUUUCAUAACAAAGAAAAAUGGCACAAGAUAUUCUUAUGUUAGCCAAACGUACUCAAAUAAACUGCACUUCAUUCUGUUGUUUUCUUGAUCAUAAUCCAGCCACAAGUAGCUUUAAGCCAUCGUGGCUGGAAUUUUCGUUCAGCUUUGGCGGCAAUUUUUUUUGUUGGAUCAUUGACCAAAUCUUCAUGAGCUACUUUCACACUGCUUUCUUCAUUUGAAAAAAUAUGACAUAGGUUUUUGGUUCUUUUCAGCCAUAACUAAGUCUUUUCAUUCCCAUGGUUCACUCGAAAUAGAAUCAAAGAUGGCGCCCGCAUUAUAACAAGCACUCCUAUGGGCUUUUGUCUGACCAAUCACAUGCACUGUGAGAUCUUUGUAAAAUACAUCCAAGAUGGCAGAGGUUGCAUUGUUCAGUGUGCAAAUUGCGGCUCAAACUAGGGACAUUUCCAUUAUGUGGAAAAUUGUACAAAAUGUACCCAUCUCUAACAUUAAUCUCUACCACAAGACACAUUUUAGAGUAUUUCAUAUUCUAUUUUCAUUUCGCAUAUUUGUCAUAAUUUAGGUAAAUUUGUUCGGACAAAUGAAAAUUGUCUCGGACUAUGUCCAAAGACAGACAUGGAUCUGAAUAACUGUGAGAGGGACUGUAAAAAGACCCACAAGCCCCUUCAACCCAAUAAUUAGGGUGCCCCCGCAUAUGCCCGAUGAUAGACUGCUGCCCAGCUAUGUCUCGAGCUUAACUUAUAUAGCCUAAAUUUCAUUUAGCCUCAUAGUCUGAUAGACAGCCCAUCUGAUAGGGUGCGAUAAAAAAUCAGAAAUUGUGCAAUAAGAUAGGACUAUUAUGCAAUAAAUUAUGCGAUUUUUUCAGGGCUAAUUAACAUUGUUUUACCAGGUUUCAAGGGAGAAAAAUCACUUUAAUGUAAAAGAAUAAUAAAACGUCUAUUUUAAAACAAAAUAAUUAAAUUUGUCCAAUUUUCUUGACCCGGAAAAGAAAACAGUUAGAAAGGAAGAAAAAGGACACAUGUUUAACAUAAUGACACCGUUACACUGCUGACCACACUGCUUGUCUCUGAAAUCAAAAUGGCUGCCCAGAUACCGUGAUCGGAGGUUUCAGAUGUCUUGCAAGGCUUUCUUUAGUGGCAUAAUUAUCACCUUAAAUAACAUUAAGAUUGGGAAAAUGUUUGAUUAAAGUUAGAAUUUCUUACUUACUUUACUUGAAGUUAUUAAUUAUGCGAUUUUCCUGAAAUUGUGCAAUCGGAUGCAAUUUGAGGUCAAUUGUGCGAAAUUGUAACAUCACGUAAUAUCAGAUGGCCUGCAUGGAUCCCAAGCGGGAAAGGUGGGCCCAUCUUACUCUCUCUGACUGAAUUUUCUCACAAUAGACCUUUCCUAUUGCACAGUCUGCCCUGAAAAUGCUACCCAAUUUCUGAUUUUUUAUUGCACCCUAUCAGAAGGCCUGAUACAACUAAACAAGAACAUCUUUGUCUUGCAGGCUACCUCAAGAGGUUACUUCAAGAUGCAGAAAGAGGAAAAAUUAAACUCAAACUAAAAGUCUUCAAUGAUGUAGAAGAUCUCCUACACAGAGUAUCUAACAUUCUAAAGAAGAUUACUCCACUGGUCAUGGAGAAUGACCCACUCUUUUAUCCUUUGCUUAACUCUCAGUGGACGUAUUACAAACCAUAUAUGUAUAAAGAACAAGACUAUGAUGAAGGGCAGAAAGAUGAAGCCGAUGCAGAAAGGUUUUCUCAAUGUGUUAGAGAAAUUACUGGGAGCCGGAUUAGUAACAGUGACUUGUGUACAAUUUCUGAUGAUUGUUGGGAAGCUAUGAUGACCAAAGGGGCUCCAACUUCUGUUCUUUACUACCAAGUUAUGUUCUUCAUCUUAGGAGAGGCAUCAGGUAAAGUGGAAUUCUGUUCUGUUUGGCUCAUAAAACCGAGCAUUUGAAUUUAUGUAACAAGGCGCUCCAGGUGGGUACUCCGAAUUCAAGUGACAGGGAUGAUCAAAUGGGGGCAAAAAUCAAAACCCCAAAAAAAUCCCUAGGGCUUCAAACAAAACCUAAAAAAAUCCCUUGACCAAAAUUAACCCCCAAAAAAUUCCAUGCCAAAUACCCAGUCAUAAAAAGUUCCAGAAAGCACUAAGUGAUAUAACAAGAAAAAUAGAAAAAUUAGUUUUGAAUACCCAAAAAAUACUUGCCAAAAUUUUCCUACCCAAAAAAAUCCUGAAAUCGAAAAUGUCACACCCCCAAAAAAUCCUACCAUCACCCCUGUCACUUGAAAUCCAGAGUACCCCCCUCCCUGAGCAAGACACCUCCUGGAAAUUAAGUAAGAUGUUAUUCAGUCGGUGACACAGGCGGCUCAGAAGAAAUAAUCCGAGUUCUUUUCCAAGCAGGAGUAAAACCUACAUGUAUGACCUUCUGGUUAGUAACACAUGAACCUAGUUUAGUGGCCUUAGCUAUCACACAUCUCCUGUUGUCUUAGUGGUAGAGCAUCUGAACUAGUGACCAGAAGGUCAUACCGUAAAUCCUCAAUGAAACCCCCUCUCAUAUAAGCCCUCCUUUUUCAGGAGAAGAAAGCACCCCGUCUCUUUUAAGCCCUCCUUCCCCCCCCCCCUUUAUUAUUCUUCACUAUAAUAAACAAUGAUAGACUGCAUUAAUCAGUCACAACUGUAAAACUUUGUGUGGACUGUUCCAGGAUGGUUAAUUCACCAACUGGAAGUUCGGAUUUAAUUCUGAUGCUCGGCUGUGGGCCUCCAACUUUCUUGUGCCAGAGCUUUUCCACUUUGUUUUCAAGUUCUUUAUGGAGAACUGAUACCAUUUUCUUUGGUAAAAAUAUUGUUGACAUAAAUUUGCCCCCCGGGGGCCUUCUAAGUUUUUUUUCCUCUGAGCCACCUGUGUCACUUACAGAAUAAGCAUAAGGUGCCUGGGCUGGGAAUUCUAAGUACAUGCUGCUGAGGCGAGAGAUUUGGACACCCUUUUCCCCCACCUCUCCAUUUGUCUUACAAUGUAGUAAUAAUUACUACCAUAGUAGUACUUACAUGUAUUAAUUGAAUCAUAGUACAUGUAGGGGUCAUAACAGGUGGCAAACAUCAAAGAAAGCAACAACAGUGCUGAAGUUUAUGGUGGAAGCUUGACGAUGCCCAAUCCUUUGUUUUUUGUUCCCUAAUUGUGAUGGCAUUAAUGCGAUAUGUAUAUUACAGGGCUCAAAAAAGACUCAAAUUCUAGUUUGUCUAUUAAGGGAAGCAGCUUGCAGAUUUUGCUUGCCUAGGGCCAUUUCUUGUUUGUCUUAGUUAAUGAUUUUGUUAGAGGAUGACUUGCCUUGCCUUGCCUUGCCUAUUGGGAAAGUAAUUAAGAUUUAAAACUAUACUUGCCAGCAAGAAAAUGUACUUCUCCCAGACUUCCCAGACGGGACUUUUUUCGAGCCCUGAUAUUGAUCAGUAAGAUGAAAAGUAUACGUGUAGGACUACUAUUGAAUGUUGUGUACCGUCAAGUCCACUGAAAGAUAUUACAAAGAAGGCUGACAGGCUUCAUAACCACUCCAUUCUUUUAACUAUGAUUGAAUUCACAAGAAAAUGAGAUCAUGAAGCUGCACUCUUUCCUUUUGUUUUCACCACAAGGUUGCCUAAAUAAGAUGACUUUGAAGAUGAAAUCAUCUGGAGUGACCCUGUCAGACCACCUUCAGCAGGUCUGCAGAACAGCUUAUCUUGCUGUUGCUUAUUUGAACUUCCGUGGUGGAGGUGAUCCAGAAGGCCUUAUAUCAGUCUUAAAGCUGAGCUUCAGCUGUGGCUUGUAUGGAUACCAUGAGAUAUUAGAGGAACGAGGAUUGUCAAAUGUUAUUGGCUGGCAGCUCAGUAGCGGGUGUUACGGCGAUUACAGCAAGGUGGGGGAGGAAAAAAGGUAACACUGUUUAAAAAUAUUAUUCCUUUGGCCCAUUAAUUCUUAAGCCCAGAGCUUCUGAAUAUGUAAUAAGAUGGCCCCAAUUUUGCCCUGUAGUUGAUUUCGAUGUGGUAUAUGUACAGGUAAGCAUGUAAUCGAAUGUAGAUGAAGAAAAUUAAAGAUCUUGAACAUCACACUUGCUUUCAGUGAGGGCAAUUUCUGCAACUUCGGAAAACACAAAUAAUAUUCAGCAAUUAUUGGAUGAGGCUGAGUAUGAUCUACAUUAAAUUUUUUAGAUCAUGCAAAAGCCGAAUUCAAUUCUUAGGUUUUACUAUCCAUUCAAAAUAAUUACUAAUUCAAAGUUAACAUUCUUACCUCUGAAUCGAUUUUAAGUUCCUGUCUUCAUUUGUCUGUUCCACAGCAAAUUCAGGAUAUAACAGAAAGUCUACCAGAUAUUUGUUCUUUGAUGUGGGAAUGAUUUUUUAUUCUCAUGCAAAUAAAACUCAUUUUCUUUGGCUGUUACCAAUCUCAUGUGAAUAAAACUCAUUUUCACAAGAAAGGUUGUGCACUUGGCCUCAUUUUGAAAGUGAGGGUCUUUAGAACUCAGAAGUGGCCUAUUACAUUUGCCAUCUGUUGAACUUGCUUUCGGUGAUCUUGCAGAAUUCGGCUAUUCUUUGCAAAACUUCUUAAAGUUUUCGCCAUUUUUGUAGACCAUGUACAUGUAGAUUCUUAGUGUUCUGUACAUCAACCUAUUCAUUUUACUUUUUUUGCUUAUAGUGCAGCUUCAGCUGGGAAAGGAAAGCUCAAGUCUUCAUAUCUUGGAAGUGAGUCUUUCAAACGUUUUUCUUCUUUUGUUCUUGGUAAAGUAAGUCAACUGUCCUAUGGUACAAAUGCCAUUCAGCUUUAAAUGUUUGAUAUUUUAUUUUGGCCACGCCCCAAACAGUACAGUACAGUACAAUUAAAAUCCUCGAGACGGUAAACCUGUUAACAUGGAGUUGCACUGGCGACUACACAGACGACCAGUGCAGCGACCUCUUUAGACCUCUUUGCCUGCUCAAAGGAGACAUUUUAUGAUUAUUUUAAUAGCGAUUCCAAGGGUCCCGUUUGUAUGGAGGCGUACAUGUAGACUUCCCAAACAGCAUCGUCUUUGUCAGCGUAGUGUUUGAACAACGUCAAACAUGACCAAUAUAUUUUAAAUAUUGGCUCCUGAUCACAUUAAUUUUUCUGAGACUGUUGUUUUUUGUUUAUCAUGGUUGCCACGGUCAGGGAAAAGUCAGGGAAAAACAAAACUUUUUCAAGGUCGGGAAAAGUCAGGGAACUCUUUAAAAAGUCGGGGAAAAUCUUUGGUAUUGUCAAAGUCAGUGAAAGGUUAGGGGAUUCUGUUUUCCGGUUUAUAGUUCAUAUAUCAUCUUGCAACAUCUAUAACAGACGUAUUCAUAAGUCUUUCUCAAGAUUUUGAAAUGCAUUUGGAAAAGAUAAAAAGUAUGCUGCAAAGAAAGGAAGGCGAUCAAUUUGACACUCUAUGCCUGACACAUUUAGUAAUUGUGGUCAGUGGUUUUUGUUGUGAAAUUCUUUCUUCCAUAUUCCUUCUUUCUCUUUCCACGAAACGCAGAAAGAGUUUGAAAAUGAAGAAAUAAAUAUCGAUGGCUGCAAACAAAGCUAAAGCAAAUGUAAACAUCGAUUGUUUCUCAUCAAUAAAAGGUCAGUGAAAACUGUUUAGAGGUCACUGAAAAGGCAGGGAAUUUUUAACUUUCUGAUAAGUGGCAACCAUGUGUAUGUGUAGAAUGUCUGUGUUGGUCUAUGGAAGUCUGAACAUCAUGAUAAAUAGCGGUCUUAACAUCAUUAUAAAGUUAAAGGAAUGAUUCCUGUACAAAUGAUGAUCUUUUGAGAGUGUUAAUCCAGUGUAUUCCCUUUGUUUCUCACUGGCUAAGGGAGUGGAUGAUAUAGAGAAGAGAAGCAAUGACGUCACAAAAACUAAAUUUGUUAUGAGAUUGGUUGGCACAUGUUUCCAGAAAGAACAAGAUGAAAAAUGUUCGCCUGCCAAAAAUCAGCCUGUUAGUGCAAAUUGGUGAUGAGAUAUAAGCAGUGUCAUGCUCCAAUGACUCCAUAAAAAGGCCUGGAUCGUUAAUGUUACGAUCCAAGCCAAUUUUACAAGGAUUCGUAUGGAGUCAUCAGAGCAAACCGGUGCUUAUAGUAUAACUACCCACCAGUUUGCACUAGCCUGCGUGGCAGUCGUUCGAAAGUGAAGGGGAAGGGAAUUUAGGGCGCGAGACCGCGCUCGAGGGAGGAGGGAGGAGGGACAAGUGUUCCUUUUCUUUCUCCCUCGCGCGCUCUCGCGCGCCCAAAUUCCCCCUUCCCCUUCCCCUUUUAACGUUUGCCACGCAGGCUAGUUUGCACUAACAGACUGAAUUUGACAAGAGGGCUUUUUUCAUCUUGUUCUUUCUGAAUAAGCUAACCAAUCCUAUUAUUACACAAAUUUAAGUGUUUGCGACGUUACACCACUUGUCUUCUCCAUUUUGAGCCAUUUAGAUGGCAUUGACAUGCAACACACUGUGCCAUUCAUUAAUUUAUUCAAUUUGUUUUCGUCAACUUGUCAGAUGGCUGUUACAGUGACGUCACCGGAAUAGGAUUGGGUCUUCUUGCUGUUUACCUGAGGUGGGUCCUGGACCCUCCACCUCAAGUCCAGCCAGUGAAUCUCGUAUUAAGUGCUCAACAAGAUGCCCAAACAGUGACUGUUUACAUGAUGGGUCUUCUUCUGCUUACUGUUGCGUUCUUGAUUGCAGCUAGAAGACGCCUUCUACAAAUGGUCUCAGCCUGUUGUAUAAUUCUACUUGGAGAAAGAACAAGGUGAUGCAAAGCCUUGGAUUAGAGACAGUUAACAAUAUUAUUGGACGAAGUUGAGCAAAAUAAUUGAGCUGCAAAAACACUGACAAGUCACGAUAUUUUGCGUUAACCGAGUUCAGUAAUUAUUUUACUCAUUCGAUCACCAAGUUUGUUUUUUAAUGAAUAUCCUCAGGAAGCGAAGCGAUCUGUCAUUUUCACGCUAGAGCGAUCACAACAAGGAGAAAAGCGUGGUUUGAGUUAAGCUUGAGCAGAAUGUUAUUUGCUGCCAAACACUGUUGGAUGACAUUGCGCAUGAGCAGACCAUUAAUUGUAGGCUGAAAUGAAGUUGAUGUGACCUGCGGAUCAUCGCGGUAGUAAUCAAUAGUAAUUUAAACCACGGCGACGAUCAUAUGUUCAUUUAAAAGUGCCAUAUUUGGUAAAAAUAUGCAUAUCUCGAAUACAAUUCUUUAGAGGUUUAAUUUACUAUGACAAUUUUUUGAAUACUAUGUUGUUUUGAGUUGGCGCUUGUAUCUGAUUAGUUACUAGACUCGUAUAUUCCCUGCUAUAUUCAUUUAUUAUACAUUCUACUCAUUAUCUGUCUUCUCAUUGUCUAAGAGCCUACAGCUAUUUUUUUCAAACCAGCGCAACUUACAGAUUAGUUAGUUGUCCGCUAGCAAAUAACUGACUAAUCUAUAGGUUGCGCGCGCAAUGCAUGAUUUCCAAUAACAGUUGUAUCAAUUCAGGUUCUUUGCGACGCUGUGGUUGUCGUUAUUUUCUUCAAAACAAUUUGUAAUAAAUUAAUUAUUACAUUCGGUUUUUGUGAUAUCCUAAAUAAUCAAGGUCCCGGUAUGUGUUAUUAGCCUCGGCCUUCGGCUCGGCUGAUAACACUUACCUCGACCUUGAUUAUUCCGGAUAUCACAAAAACCUCAUCCAAUAACUGUUUAAUAUCCCCCUAUUUAUUUUAGUUAGCUUAUAUUUAUUCCUUGGUACAAGUUGUCAAUACGUUGUACAAUUAGUUGAUAAUUGGGAGUCGGUGUUGAAACAUUUUUAAUUACAUGUGGUUUUUCCAAAUCUUAAGAUGUUUACGGUUGUAUUUUAUCUUUCUUGUUACUUUCGCGUCGUGGUCGUGCAACGACGGUAAAGAAGUGUACCAAAAAAAGCGUGAUACCUUUUCAAUAGUUGUUGCUUAAGG